AAAGAGGGGGGAGGUAAGUAAUUUAGGGGGAAGAAAGAAACAAAGUCACUGAACGUGCAAGGCGCUCCUGGAAGGAUUUUGUGUUUUUGAAUGUAAUCUCCUGCGACUCGUUUUUUUUCGCCCCCGCACACUGGUGGAUCAGAUGUAACUCUUGUGCGGACUCCCUCUAACUCCACUAUCAGACAAAAACAACUUUCCUGCUUAUUUGUUCCGAUUCAAGACGGGCUUCUUUUGAAAACGCCAGUGAAAGAAGCCGAAGGACGGAUGUGUCCAGCGACGUAUGUUAUCACAACCUUCCGACGCGUUUGUACUUUUUUAAUAUCUCCUCCACAAACGAAUAGCUAAAUUCUUGGUGUUUUUUUUUAAAGCGUGGACACAAAGACAUUUCUCUAUUUAGUUCAUUAGACUAAACGAGAAGUAACGCGUUCUCCCCAGGCUUCCCCUACACACUUGUGCUGGAGGAAAAAGAACCGAGCGAUACCUAACUUAGACAUCAUAUAUACUUAUAUCUUAACAAAGAAGGUAUAAACUUAACCCCGAGGCAAAACAUCGGACGUUAAAAACUGCCUUUGCAUAUCUACAUCGUCGAUGUAUUAACUUGAGUGCCUCUGACCGCUAUCCGCAUCGAGACUGUUAUGAUAUGGUAACAGAGGAUGCAGGUGUGGGCGCAUAACCUAUCUUCAACCGCAAUAGCGCAUAUUACGUGGCUUUAGUCGUUAUUUAACUUCUUUAAUUAUUAUUUUCUGUUUUCUCAUUUUCUUUCUUUAUUUCUCCGUUGACUUCGACUCGGGCCACUCGUGUAAGUCCGAUGGAUUCUUCCUCACCCAUGCCUACUGAUGUCUGUAGGUUUUCCGCUGGAUGAGUGACAAUGUUUCAACCCUGAGAUGUCGUAAACGUUUUUUAUUUAUCUUGUCGUAUUUAUUGUGUACAUAGCCAAGGGCACUGUAGGUCUUAAUCGUUUAAACGCUGAGGCCUAUGUGACAGGCAAGGCACCCUCGAUUGUUGCCUUUUCAACCGCUGUACUGAAGACCGUUGUGGGGACUUACUUGAACGUAACUCGUCUACUGUACCUGCUGGCUUGUAUUUAUUAAGUACCUCUGUUGGUUUCCCUUUAAGUGUAGCUCUAAACGAAGCCAGUAGUGAAACGUUGGUUAAAGCAGGGCAUUUGAAAAACGGACUUGAUCAUGGAUCGACCCAUCAGCAAGCUAUUGGAAAAGUUAAAACUAACGGACUCGGGCAGUGCAAAAUUCAACAGCUCCAAGAAAAAAAACGACCAAGCGAACAACUCCAACAACAGCAAUGCCAACGUUGGCACGACGGUGGCCAGCGGCGGUCUGCCACCUGCCCCCGGCUCUGUCGGUGCCCCCGCCUCCCGGGCCGGCCAGCUCCCCCUCCCCGUCGCGGCUGACGUCUGCAUCAAAGGAGCCCCAGGAGUAGGAGGAGGAGCGCCCUCCGCCCAGCUCCUCUCGCCAGCGCCGCCCGCCCCCUCCUCCAAGGUGGCGAGCGGACCCCCGGAGGCGGAGCAGCAGCCCCCCAACCUGGCGCCCAUGCGCCACCGCUCCCCCCAGCAGCGCAACUCCUGCUACCUGCGCCGCGAGUCGGGCCUGGGCCCCGAGUUGGACCCCAUCAUGGGGGGGCCCCCGAACGGCUCCAAGGCCUCGCUCAGCCAGCGGCGCUACUCCCUGGAGCUCCAGCAGAUGGUGAAGAGGCAGCAGCUCCACCCCCCGCCGCCGCCGCCCCUCUCCGCCCCGCCGCCCUACCCCUACGGAUCGGGCCCCCGGCCGGGCGGCGGGGGGGGGGGCCCCGGAGGCGGGGAGCUGGGCUACCUGUCGGAGCCGGAGAGGCACAAGCGUCUGUCCCUGCAGGAGGCGCUGUUCUACAAGCGGCUGAGCACGGGCGGCGAGCUGUGGGAGUCCCCCCGGCCCGCCUCCCUGUCCCACCCGCCCUACCGGCACGCCGACCUGCCCGGCGGGGGCAUGGGGGGCAUGUUCUGCCAGCCCGGACCCCCGCUGAGCCCGCGCUCGUCCUUCAGCCUGCAGGAGUCGGUGCUGGUCAGCCCGCGGUCCAGCUUCGCCUCCAGCACGGCCAGCGGCGGUGGGGGGGGCGGCGGCGGCGGCGGCGGGGGGGGGGGCAGCCCCAUGGGCAGCCGCUGCUCCAGCAACCGCACCUCGGGCAUCAGCCUGGGCUACGACUCGCGCUACUCGGCGUCCGGGGGCGCCCUGGCGCCGCAGCAGGGGCAGCCCUUCCUCCAGGGGGGGGGCCCCCCCGGGUACGGGGGCCAGGGGGGCCGCGGCGGCUACGGCGGCGGGCCCUCGGUGGAGGCCUGGACCCACUACCUGGAGACGGGCCGCGAGCCGGGCCCCCACGACGGCCGGCACUCGUACCCGCCGGCGGUGGGCAGCCCCGCGGCCGCCUGCUACCAGGCGGGGCCCGAGUGGUGGGGGGAGCACUGGGGGGCCGGCGGCAGGGCGGAGGAGGCGGGGCCGGCGCCCGGGGAGAGGGCCCGCUACUCGGACCUGCCGGGCACGCGCUACCAGGAGGAGCUGACGCGGCUGCUGCUCCGGGACGCGGCGCUGGAGGGGGAGGGGCUGCUGGGCGGCCUGAGGCUGAAGGAGCCGCCGCCAGCGCAGACCAUCAAGGCGCUGUCCAAGCCCACCGCCACCACGCUCACCGCCGCCACCGCCGGGGGCCCGGGCCGGCCCCAGGAGGAGCCCGCCUGCAGCGCCGCGGGGCGGGAGCCCUCCGAGAACCGCCAGGAGUACUUCGGAACCUGCGUGAAGUGUGGGAAGGGGGUCUACGGGGCCGACAACGCCUGCCAGGCCCUGGACCACCUCUACCACACACGCUGCUUCAUCUGCGUCUCCUGUGGACGCACCCUGAGGAACAAGGACUUCUACAAUGUCAACGGCUCUGUGUAUUGUAAAGAGGAUUACAUGUUUUCAGGAUUCCAGGCUGCCGCUGAAAAGUGCAGUGUGUGCGGACACCUUAUUCUGGAACAGAUCCUGCAGGCGCUGGGCAACUCGUACCAUCCGGGCUGCUUCCGCUGCGUGGUGUGCUCCAAGGCGCUGGACGGGGUCCCCUUCACCGUGGACCAGCACAGCAAUGUCUACUGCGUCCUGGACUACAACAAAACAUUUGCUCCAAAGUGCGCCGCCUGUUUACAACCCAUUCUACCUACUGAGGACAGCGAGGAGAUCCUCAGAGUGGUCUCAAUGAACAAAGACUAUCACUUUGAGUGCUACCACUGCGAGGAGUGUAGGAAGCAGCUCUCCGAUAAGCCGGGCUCCCAGUGCUUCCCGUUGGAUUCCCAUCUCCUCUGCCACUCUUGUCACAUGACCCGAGCGUGCGCCACACAUUAACGCCCCCCCUCCCUCAACGACAUACGGGAGUAAUCCCGUGCAACGUUCUGUACAUAACAUUCCAUUAAUAUUAUCAACAGCCUGGUCCUAUCCCGUCUCUCUUGCUGGGACACAUUUCAACUCAUUGGGUUGUAAAUAUAUAUAUUUUAUACUGUUGAGGAACACGAUACCCACCCAUGCCACCAUCAUGGGAGUGGACGACGGUCUCGCAGACCCGUUUUAUCACAUGUAACUCCUGCUGUAUUAUGUUUGGUUGCAUUACUGUUCUAUAGUUAUAUGGGGGGGAGGGGGGGGGGGCAGAGGGGAAAACUACUGCUUUCUUUUUUUAUUUUAUUUUUUACCUCUUCCACCCUCCCUUGGGACUAUGGUUUGCUGUAGAAGAACAAUGGCUAUUUGCGUAACAGUUUGUUUUGUAUAUUUAAUAUUAUGGUUAGCAAACAAUUUGCACUUAAAAAAAAAUGUACGUUUACUGUAAGAGAUGUCAAGUGAAUCUGUACAAAUUGAAAACAUUCCUGUUGUCUGUAAUAAAUUGUUCAAAUCAAA